AUAUACAUGUGUGUGCAUUAAGUCUAAUGAGAAAAGGGAGAAAAAAAGGAUACAAAGGAUUUUUGAAAGUUAUGGAGGAGGAGCUAAAGAGCUUUGUUAAGGUGUGGGUUUUGGCCAUUACAUCUCUAUGCUACUCUUAUUACAUUGCAGCAAAGAUCCCAAAAGGCUUUCUAAGGCUCCUCUCCCUCCUCCCUGUUAUUUCUCUCUUCCUUUUCCUCCCCCUGAAUCUCUCCUCUUAUAGUUAUAUCUUCGCAACAUCCAUCUUCCUUUCUUGGUAUGCCAACUUUAAGCUCCUUUUGUUCUCCUUUGAUUAUGGCCCUCUAUCCCCACCCCCACCACAACUUCUUCAUUUCAUCUUUAUAGCUUCUCUCCCCAUUAAGAUAAAAAGGUAUCCACCCCAAGAUAAACCACAAACUUCAUUUCUUGGAACAAUUAUAUUGGCCAUGAAAGUUGCAAUUACAAUUAUGCUUUUUGUGGCUUACAACUAUGGAAAACAUUUGAAUACAAGUAUUGUUCUUGCCCUUUUUCCCAUCCACUUUCUCUUUGAAACGCAGUGCUUAUAUGCAGUGUUUCAAAUCCCUCCAAAAUUCCUUUUUGGGUUUGAACUAGAGCCUCAAUUCAAGGAGCCCUUACUUGCCAACUCCUUGCAAGAUUUUUGGGGCCGGAGGUGGAAUCUCAUGAGCUCCGAUGUACUCCGUCACACCAUAUAUAAUCCUUUACGUCGUACUUCUAUGCGUAUUAUUGGAGAUAGUUAUGAAGAAGAAGAAGGUGAUAUUGAUAGGGAGAAAACGGCAGUUUCUCAAUGUAAUCUCGAGGCUACUGGUGCUGGGAUUUCUGCUGGUGACUUCUAGAUGGAUCUUGUUUGCACCAUGGUUGAGAAAUGGUAUUUAUGAGAAGGCCUACAUAGAAUACUCCAUGGCAAUAAACUUUUGCAAAGUGAGUGCUACAUAUAUAUUGAUGUUUUAUAUGUAAAAGUAGUUAUGUAAUUAUUAAGAAUUUAUUGUUUCAAAUAAAAGGUUUCUAGUUUA